AGACAAUUAAAGUUUCCCACUAAUUGGAUGACCCGCUCCCCUUCCUGGAAUCAACAGCUUCUAUUUAGCCGCAUUGGCAUUUUUGCAGCAUUGUGUUCAACGGUUUGGAAUAAUAUAAAUGAUUGCGACGAGACGUUUAAUUACCUAGAACCCCUUGGAUUUAUCAUCUCUACCGCAAACAAUACUGGAUUUCAAACUUGGGAGUACUCUCCUCAGUUUGGCCUUCGUUCAUAUUUAUAUUUGUGGUUAAUUGGAUGGCCUGCUUAUAUUUUGGUUAGAUUGAGGUUACCCGGUUGGCUUCAAUUACUUGGGAUUAGAUUGAUCUUGUCCCUUGUUUCACUAUAUCUCUAUCCUGGUGAUGGCCUCAAGCAACUCACAUUCAAGGUUGUUUUUUGUCUAAUUCACGUAGCCGCUCCCGGAAAUUUCAUUUCUGCUUCUUCAAGCGUUCCGAGUGCUUUGGUUGCCUCUAUGAUUGCAUUGAUGUUAAGCACGUGGAUAAGUGGUCAGUACUUCUUCAGUGUGGGUGCCGUUGCUGUUGGCGCUAUUGUUGUAUGGCCAUUUUCAGCCGUUCUCGGGGUGCCUCUAGCACUCUUCCUAGCUGCUUCUGGCAUGGUCGCCCAACUUAUAAUGUACUCUGUGCUUUGGGCCCUUGCUCUUCUUACACCAAUGGUACUCGUUGACACUUUCUAUUACGGGGGCUUGAUAUGCCCAACAUGGAACAUAAUUUCUUAUAAUGCUCUUACCAGUCUUCAAGGUCGGAGUCUUUCGCAGCUUUAUGGAACAGAAACAGCAGCCUACUAUGUUAUAAAUUAUUUUUUGAAUUAUAAUAUUGCAGUUGUUUUCGUCACAAUCUUUACGGUGCCAGCGUUUACCUACCUUGUGCUCGGAAUUGGACGGCAAACUGCUACAAACUUCCAUCGAAGGGCCCUCAAGUUGCUUUGCUUCGCCCUGAUGCCUCUCCUCCUGUGGAAUGUUGUUUUUUUUAUCCAGUCGCAUAAAGAGGAACGCUUUCUCUUUCCAUGUUUCCCCUGUUUGGAUUUGGUGGUGACUCUCCUACUAUGCGUUCUGUUUUUCAAUCACAGUGGGAAAUUUGCAACUGGAACGCCUUUGUCUCUUUCUUCUGUGAUAUCGUUUCUGCUCCUCUUCGUUGGGCUAAGCUUGUCGAGAAUUCUUGCGCUGACACAAGGCUACAGCGCUCCUAUGUAUCUCGUCCAGCACUUGCCGGUUUCUGAUAAUUUAAAAACGCUAUGCAUCGGUCGUGAUUGGCAUCAUUUUCCCAGCCACUUCCUCUUACCUCAUGAAAAUUACGGCUGGAGGGUGCAUUUUCUUCGAUCUAAUUUCUCCGGUCAGCUGCCGGGGAAGUUUGCCGAAGGAGUUGGAGUUUUCAAAGCUACUCGAUCUCUAAGCGGCCAUUUCAACGACAUGAAUUUACCCGAAGAAGACACUUUCUUUAACCUUGAGAAAUGUGACUAUAUUCUUGAUCGUCUCUCAGAACCUGGGGAAAAUGAGGUGCAGUACUCAAAUGAUGCAAGAACCUGGCCAGAAUCAUUACUCCAAAGAGCUUUCACUAGAUUGCAGCGAGCGUUUUACGUGCCUUUUUUAUUUAAGGUACAUGGCAAUACAACUUGCCAUGCAAUAUAA